UUGUCUCGCAGUUGAAUGUGUGCGCAACGGCUCGGCAGUCAAAAAGAACAAAUUCGACAGAAGCCACUAGAAGAAAAAGAAGUGCCGAAGUGAAAAUUGUGCCAUUUUUGGAAUAAUUAAACAGUAAAACCUAGUUUUUCUUGAGUAAAACGGUGUCUUUUUGUGUAAAAGCUACGUUGUUCACUAGUGGGAUCUGAAGUUCGUGAUAACAACUGGUGUCUUAGCGGUUUUUGCUGCUGAAGGUGAGGUGAUUACGAGAUUUACGGUUCCAAACUGGCUACCGCAACGAUGUCGACCCAGCCCAGCCCUGCAAGCUUGCAGGCGGCGGCCAACAGUGAGAAAGUAUUCCAGUGGAUCAAUGAAUUAUCAAAUCCGGAGACGCGUGAAACGGCCUUGCUGGAACUGAGCAAGAAACGUGAAUCGGUGCCGGACCUGGCUCCGAUGUUGUGGCACAGCUUCGGUACAACGGCUGCUUUGCUGCAGGAGAUUAUAAACAUUUAUCCGUCGAUAAAUCCGGCAACUCUAACGGCACACCAGUCUAACCGGGUGUGCAAUGCACUUGCAUUGCUACAGUGCGUUGCUUCGCAUCCGGAAACCAGAUCCGUCUUCCUGGCAGCUCAUAUUCCCUUGUUUCUGUAUCCAUUUCUUCAUACGACCUCGAAGACACGUCCAUUUGAGUAUUUGCGACUCACCUCACUGGGUGUAAUCGGUGCGCUGGUAAAAACCGAUGAGCAGGAGGUCAUCACCUUCCUACUGACGACGGAGAUCAUUCCACUUUGCCUGCGGAUCAUGGAGUCCGGAUCGGAAUUGAGCAAGACUGUUGCUACAUUUAUUUUGCAGAAAAUUUUACUCGAUGAUAGCGGGUUGUCGUACAUUUGCCACACGUACGACAGGUUCUCUCAUGUGGCAAUAAUACUGGGCAAAAUGGUAAUCUCUCUUUCAAAAGAACCCUCCGCAAGACUGUUGAAACAUGUCGUUCGUUGCUACCUCAGAUUGUCGGACAAUCCACGAGCACGUGAAGCGCUCCGCCAGUGCCUGCCGGAUCAGUUGCGGGAUGGAACGUUUGCUGCCUGCCUGCAGGAGGAUAAAUCGACCAAACCGUGGUUGUCAUUACUCCUGAAGAAUUUGGAAACUGUUCCGGUUUCAGGCAUUUCACCAUUGACUUCCUAAUGCGGUUGGGAGUGAGAUGUAUGAGAGUUUCAACGUUUGAAUGUGCCUGAGUGUCUGUGUGUAUAAAUGGGCAGGCAUGCUAGCAUGGCCUUUACAAGAGUAUGAACCACAAAAUGGAAGAAAGAAGUCCCCCCUCCCGUUGCUCUACUAUCAGGAUUAUCCGUGCCCAGAGAGAACCACAUGAGGAGGCAGAUGCAUUGUGUUCCUGAACCUGAUUGAACCACGUGACCACCAGUCAAAUAAUGAUACAGAUUAUUACUUUUGUUUGUAUACUGAGAAAAAUUUGCCUGCUAAACGUUUUUCCCCGGAGGUGAAAUUUUAAACGAAUUUUCUCUUUAACUAAGCGAUUUAUCAGAAGUUUUCUACUCACUGGCAGAAACAGUUUUGAUAAUCGGAAAGCAGCUCAUACGUGCUUUGUGCUGUUUAAAGUAUAUGUAGAUUGUAAAUAAGAACUAGGGUAUGCGUUAGUACGAAAAUUUUCCAAGAAAAACAUAUGUUCUAGAUUACGAACCUCGAUAGUCACAUAAUUCUUUAGGCGAAAUUGAACGUGUUCUGGAUUAUCAUAAAAACUAAAUGAAAAAAAUAAAAAAAUACUUGCACACCACCAACUAUCAAUUAAUAUUCAUAUUUGUGCAAGCGUCAAACAGCUGCUAGUAGAGUAGGAAUAAUACAAGCGAGAUUGAGACUGUCGAUGUGAAGCAAGUUAUUGUUUAAGUACGAAAUAGAGGAUCAUUUUUCAUAUAUCUCACACGGACUUCGAUUAGUCUUCGCGACCAUUACCACAGCUCCUGUGGAAUGUAUUAAUUUUUGCAAGUGAUUUACUUUUUACUCGUUGAUCCUGUUACGGCGAAAAACAGUCUGCUCAAAAUGCACCUUUAUUGUUCGUUCGCUCGUUUCGAACACGUAAGUCUCGUUAAAAUGCAGCAGAUUGAAAUGCGAUAUUGAUUCCAUACGACAUUAACACUUUUAGAGUGAUUUAAGUGAUAUGUUCGAUUAAUAUAUACAGGAGAAAAUAA